AAUCAAGUGAGUGUGACGUUAGCUUGUGCUACGCUGGAUGAUUCGUAGUUUUUCUGCAAACAAGACUGCUGUCUCCCUCUUCAGGUAGAUGAAUGAGAAAAGUUUACAGAAAAAGUGGUAUUUAUACCAAGAGAUCCAUCCACAGGAGAAUCCUCUGACAAUGGAGUCAACUGAUAAGGACCAAAAUACAUCCGGCACUGGGGAAUCACACACGGUGAAUACUGGAGCGAGACAAGGGAAAGUUGAACAAGGCCGGGAAAUUCAAGACCCUGCGAACAACUCAUCGGUUGCGCCAGGACCUAGCGCUACAGAAAGUUCACCGAAAGAUGAGACUGACAAGAUAUCGGACUACUUGGAUUCCCGGAACUUUGGACGGAAGGAAUCUAUGCUUAUCGACCGACCUGAUGCUGACAUGCCCGUUGGUCCUUUCAGCGAAUAUUAUAACAUGAAACACAAGAGGAGAGGACUGGCUGUCAUUCUGGCCUACAGUGAAUUCAUCCGUGGGGGACCAAGUCCUCGCGACUGUGCCUUCCACGAUUCGAAGAUUUGUGAAGCAACCUUCAAGAAGCUCCAUUAUGAGGUUCAGACUCACAUGAAUCUUCCCAAGCGAGAUUUCCUUAAAGUUCUGGAGCAGGUUCGAAACUCAGACCAUAGAGACUGUGACAGUUUGGUCGUGGUUUUCAUGAGUCACGGCGGCCUGAAUGAAAAAACGAACAGGGAAUUCAUCUGGACGUACGACUCCAUGGUCGAUACUUCCGAACUUUGGAUAAACUUGACUCCUGAGGAGUGCCCGUCUCUUGCAGGGAAGCCCAAGUUAUUUUUCAUUCAGGCUUGCAGAGGCGACGACACUGAUUUAGGCGUUCAGCUGAAGAAACCCGGAGCCCUCAGGGUACAGACUGACUCGAUUGACGACGCAACUUUGAGUGAAGAUUACGCGAUACCCUUGUAUGCUGACCUGCUCAUGAUGUGGGCAUCAUACCCAGGAAUGGUUGCCUUUAAAUCCCAAAACUGUGGGAUAAACGGGAGCGUCUUCCUCCACUUUCUAACCAGAGUCUUUAACGAAGACGCCCACAACGAAGACCUCUCGUCCAUGCUCCUGAGGGUGACCCGCGAGGUGGCUGUACACUACGAGUCAUACAUGCCUGGGACCGGAGAGCUUGACAAAAACAAGCAGAUUCCGCAGACGGUGUCGACGCUGAUGCGGAAGGUGAAGUUCUUUUCAAGGUCUGAAGAAUACCAGGUCAGACCGUCUAAGCGUUACUGCACAUAUUUGUGACGUAACUGGUAUGUGGCCAUAAAAGAAAACCAAGAAAACAAUAAAAUGAAGGGUCACUAUGGGAAUUGUUUGCCACACCCAUUCUCUCUCUCUCUCUCUCUCUCUCUCUCUCUCUCUCUCUCUCUCUCUCUCUCUCUGUCACGACCUUGGGUGAGAAAGGUCCCCGUUAAUCUUUAGGUACUGCUGAAUUAAAGGAUUGAAUAACACUCCAUAUGUCUCUCUAGAAAAUUGUUUCUUACUAAUUUGAUGAGAUGCGGGACGUCAGCAAAUACAUACACUUUCCUAUCAGUACUAGAUGGAUUUGUGAAUGGGGAUUUUCUGGUCCUAUACCUGAAUUAUUCCAUAAUUUUACAUUUGUAGGGCCUAAAUCAUUCACCAUACCAACAACAAUAAACCCUGCUGCUUCCACCCUCCCUAUGAUAUCAAACAAAAUAUCUUUAGUAAUACUAGAGUUAAAAUUAUAGUAUAUCAAUUGCUUCCGUGGUUUUAAUAAGCCCCUAAUCAUGACACACUGAACCCGGUUUUUUGGAGGAUAUAAAAUAUCUUUUCCCUUAUCGUACGACUAUACUUGAGCUACACUACAUUCAUCAAAUGAAAUUAUACAUAAACGGUCAGUUUCAGGCAUUACCACAGCUUUAACCUUUAGUAAAUUUAUGGAUGAUGACAAUAUACCUGGCUUUACAUAAAUUUUUGACAACCAUCGAUUUAAUGUUGUUUGAGAGGGACAUGGUAAUCUACAUACUUCCCGCAAAUAUUUAUAGGCUUUGGGUCUUAAACUACGAAAGGUAAUAGCAUUUCUAAUAUCAUCACCAGACCAACGAUGUAUAGGGGUCCCAUUUAACAAAUAUUCGAUUUGUGACUCACGGAAGAAUUUACUUAAAGCAAAACUUAUCUUGGCUACCAAACUUUGCAUCUCUUUCUUGAGAAGAAUCCUCUCUUUCUUCCAUUCUUCUUUUUCUUCUAGCAAAGCAUCUCUUUGCUUUUUGACAGCCUCUAGUUCCUUUUGCACAUCAAUACGAAGAAUUUUCUCUUUGAAGGUCUCAGCCUGCAAACUGGUCUGGUUUUCACUGGAAAAUCCUUGCCCUUAUUUUGAGUUCCCUUCUCCUUUCGUUCGAUUGCAGCAUUCACUGUAAAAUGAAUUUCAUUAUUGUAGACUGAACAGUUUAUUUUGAAGAUACCAUAAAUGCUCUCACAUUAAUACUACGAAUUCACUAAAAUUAAUAAUAAUAUAAUAAUAAGGGUUGCGAUGAUUUGUAGAUAUUCUUGUAACUGAUGUAAUUUAAUAAGAAUUAAACCUUGCUAGAUUCAAGGCUUACCAUUCAAUGUCGGUAGAUUGAGAGUAGGAACAGCACCAUCUUGCAGUAAAUUUGCAUUUCUUGGAGUUUCCAGCUGAAGGAGCUCGUUCUUCAGAUGUCUCUUAUAGGCAGUAGAUUCAAAAUGCAGGCUACUGCAGCCACUUCUGUUGCACCUC